AGAUUGCAAGCAAGAAGAAGGUCGUCGUCUUCAUUCGUCGUCGUUCGUGUCGGGAACGUUACUUACCGCUGACUUCACCAUAUCCUCCUCCUCCGCCUCCCUUUCCUCCAUUUUUUUCUCUCUCUAAAUCCUCCCUAGAGAGAGAGAGAAAUCCCUCCAUUUUCAUCUCCCUUCACCGAUCGGUGAUAUCCCAAUUAUGCCGCGAUUCACAGCCCUAUUGAUCUGGUCGGUUUUUGUACUAUUUCACUAUCCUCCGUCGCUAUCGUUAAGGUAUGUUUCUGCUCUUAAAAAUGAUUCGACCACUGUUAUUAUCCGGCCUCCACGCGCCGGUAGCAAUCGCCACACCAUGUUUCUACCUCUUUUCCCCUCUCCUCCUAACUCCUCCCGGAUCUCCGGCGAUGUGGCAUCUCGACGUCACCUCCAGAAAUCCGAUGCUCCUCGACCAAACGCUCGCAUGGCUCUCCAUGACGAUCUCCUCCUCAACGGGUAUUACACUACGAGACUCUGGAUUGGAUCGCCGCCACAGAGAUUCGCACUGAUUGUCGACACAGGGAGUACUGUUACUUACGUCCCAUGCGCUACCUGUGAACAAUGUGGCAAGCAUCAGGAUCCAAAGUUUGAUCCAGAAUCAUCCACCUCCUACAAACCUGUGGAAUGCAACAUCGAUUGCACCUGUGAUAACAACAAAGAACAAUGCAUCUAUGAAAGACAAUAUGCAGAAAUGAGUUCCAGCAGUGGUGUUCUUGGUGAAGACAUCAUAUCAUUUGGCAACCAAAGUGAUCUUCAACCUCAGAGAGCAGUUUUCGGGUGUGAAAACAGAGAAACGGGUGAUCUCUACAGUCAACAUGCUGAUGGAAUAAUGGGAUUAGGUCGUGGUGAUUUAAGCAUAGUUGAUCAACUUGUUGAUGGAGGUGUAAUAAGUGAUUCCUUUUCUUUAUGCUAUGGUGGAAUGGAUGUUGGUGGUGGUGCCAUGGUUCUUGGUGGAAUCUCUCCCCCUGAAGACAUGGUGUAUACCCAUUCAGACCCUGUUCGCAGCCCAUAUUACAAUAUUGAGUUGAAGGAGUUACAUGUUGCUGGGAAACGGUUGCCAUUAAACCCGAGUGUUUUUGAUGGAAAGCAUGGAACAGUUCUUGAUAGUGGGACCACAUAUGCUUAUCUUCCUGAAGCAGCUUUUGAAGCUUUUAAACAUGCUAUCUUGAAAGAACUUGAAGGUGUUCAUAUGAUCAAAGGACCUGAUCCAAGUUAUAAUGACAUUUGCUUCUCGGGUGCUGGAAGUGAUGUUUCACAGCUCUCGAAAACUUUCCCAUCUGUUGAUAUGGUGUUUGGGAAGGGACAAAAGCUGUCAUUAUCCCCUGAAAACUACUUGUUCAGGCACUCAAGGGUUACUGGAGCAUAUUGCUUAGGGAUUUUUCAGAAUGGAAAGGAUCCCACCACUCUUUUAGGAGGCAUUAUAGUGAGGAAUACGUUUGUUAUGUAUGAUCGUGAACAUGAAAAGAUUGGAUUUUGGAAAACCAACUGUUCUGAUAUAUGGGAAAAACUUCAUAUUGCCGAAAAUGCCCCUCCUCAGGCAUCUCCUCCAUCAGAUGGAAUAAGUCCCACUGCUGAAAUUCCUUCUUUGCCCCCAACAUCGCUUCCACAGUAUAUUCCUCAAGGAGAAACAGAAAUUGGAAGUAUUACAUUUUCUAUGUCUGUGAGUCUUAAUCAAACUAAAGUGAAGUCACAAAUCUCAGAGCUUUCUUGGCUAAUUUCUCAGGAGUUACAUGUUAACAGUUCACAGGUUCAUAUAUUGGAUUUUACAUCAAAUGGAAGUAAUAAUUAUGUUACAAAAUGGUCCAUUACUCCACCAAAACCUGCUAACUCUAUGUCUAAAGCAACUGCACUUAGUAUUAUUUCCCGCAUAAGUGAAGGUGGUGUUCGCCUUCCUGAUUCCUAUGGGAAUUAUCAAUUAUCUGAUUGGAAUAUUCAACCUCCAACAAAAAGAAGCUGGUGGGAGAAGAAUUACUUGGUAGCGGUGUUGGUAUCAAUUCUAGCCCUAGCCAUUGGAUUAUCAACUUUCGGGACAUGGUGGCUUUUCAGAUUUAGGCAACAAUCUGGUUUACAAUAUAAACCGGUUGACUCGGUUGUACCCGAGCAAGAACUUCAGCCACUUUGAUCAUUAUCAUCAUCUACUACUACAAAUGCAAUCUCACAAUUACACUCUCAAGAU